CUCAAUCUUGAUCCUCCUCCUCCUCAAUCUUGAUCCUCCUCGUUGGCGAUCUUCGUCGGUACCCAAAGGGCGAUCGCCUCGACUCGCCCCUCGUGUCCCCGUGCGGACGAACGGUCCCGCCAUGGGAGCGUGCUAUUCCCGAACUCCGAAGCGCGAGCGUCCCAGCAAGAAGAGGCAUUGUAAGAAACACCGCUGCAGGCAUAACCGUGUGAAGAAUGGCCUUGAUGACCACGCCGAUGCAUCCUCUCCCACCACGGCGUCACCGGUGGUGCAGGAAGGUGGUGCAGACACCUCAUGUGGAAAGGAGGCGCCGGCAGAGGGCCAGGUCAUUGUGCCGCUCUCCCCACUUGACAUCACUGGACGACCAUUGCCCCAUGGGGAUGGCGAGCCUCCCCACGCCUCCGCUGACAACCCCCUUCUCCUGGUCGAGGAGAAGGGACCCAGCGAGGAGGAGGCGGAGCGACGCGACAAUGAGCCGGAAGUCAGCUCUGAGAAUGUUAUCCUCGAGAUCAUCACUGAGGAGCGUUUCUCUGGAAUCGCGAACAGCGGUGAUGGUGGCGAGGAUGCACCGCGUCUGGCACGCGAGUGCGAGCCGCUGGAGCAAGCGGGUGGAGAUUGGGCGGAGGGCAGCGUCCCGCAGCGCCGUCACCAAGAGCUGCAGCGCCACUUGGCGGAGACGGUGGAGAGACUGAAGGAGCUCAACGGCAACCAGGACCUGAAGACCAAGGUCAUGAAGUUCGAGCUGGCCAAGGCCUCGUCAAUGCCCAUCAACCAGAUCUCCAACACGUCUGGUUCUCACCUGCGCGUCAUCACCGGCAAGCUGGACUUGCUGUUGAGCGGCACGGCCGUCGUGUCGGGCACGCGCUCCACCAGCGUGUCGGACCACCCGCAGGGCCUGCUCUAUGUCCUGCACCGGGUGGCUGAGAGGCUCGUGAAGCAGAGCGAGGAGGAGGUGGGGUGGAACCACGCGGCGGUGUUCCCCAUCGCGGCUGUCACCGUGGAACUGUGGCACCGCCACCCAGCCCUCGGGGAGCUCCUGCUUGCUCACCUGCUCAGCAAGUGCCCCUACAUGGGCCCCGUCUUCCCUCGUCCCACGCCUGGGCAGAGCCAGGAGGACGCUUUCAGGAUCCUCGGUUACCGCUUCGAGGAUGGGAGAGUAGAGAACGAAGACUUGUUUCUCCAGAGAAUGUCGGGCAUGGCGCGCAUGUACGCGGCCAUCAUCUCCGCGCCCGUGCCCCCCUCCAGUGGCAACAAGAGCCACCCCCACGGCAUGAGUCACGGCUGGACCUGGCUCAUGCAGGUCCUGGAUAUGGAGCCCAUGGCCAAUGUCACCCCCACGGUGCUCUUCAGCUUUCUGGAGGUGGCAGGUAAUGCAAUGGCGAUUGCAUACGGCGAUCAGCUCUGGGAGCUGCUCGAUGGGUUAAGGAAAGAAUACAUCCCAAGAAUCGAGAAAGUAUCCAUCCCGCAGCAGAUGGGAACUGUGGUCAGACUGAGGCUGUUCCUCGAGGACUGUUUUGUUAAUCGGGAGAUUCCUUUGCCAAGCGGGCAUCUCUCAGAAGAAUUUUGGAAGGCUUAAUAAGAUCACCCUUCACACCUGUACAUUAUGUAAAUAUGUGUUUUAUGCAAGUAACUCCCAUAAUACAGGUUUUCUAGGUUAGAUCGCGUAAGUGUACAAAUGUGUCGUUAACCCCGCCACCACCCGACACAG